CUAUGGAAGGAAAAUGAAGUGUGUUUGGGAAGCAGAUGAGAAAUUUUCAACGUUUUUAUUUAGUUUCUUUUUAAAGUUUGAUUGUAUGUGGAAAAGAGAUUUGGGGGAGUUAAAUUGAUAAAAUUGAACAAAUAUCAGAAAUUAUCUCCCUCACAAAUGUUAAGUCAUUCCUGUGGCUCCAGUAUAGUUUAUUUUCCACUCUCCUUCCUAAAGUAAUUAUACAUAAAUACUUCAAAUACAUAAAUUAAGAAAUUAUAAAUAUGGAAAAUACUAAAACAAUUACACAACUACAGUCCUUAUUUCAUACCUCUAAGACAUUAGUUUCAUUUCUCACCAUACCCUUGUGACUAGGAAAGGAAACUCAAAGCUGUGAAGUUGACCUACAAAGGCAGUAAGAUGGCUGAAGGGCAGUCCUAACUUCCAAACCUGCGGUGACAUUGUGCUUCUUGGCAUUUGCUCCAUAUUUAACUUGAAAUAUUAAGUGGUCCCUUUGCUUUUUUAAGUGUAUGUUAACAAUUUAAAAAUAUUUCAACAAAACAAUUUUAGUAAAAAUUUUAUUUUGUGUAGAGUGAAUUCUUCCCUUAGGAUUCCAAGGACACUUAAGGCCACAGUUCCGUAACCCAACAAAAAUGGAGGCACAGCUACCUAGUGAAUCUAGUACAAUUGUUACAGUCACUUUGGAUAAUUGGGUCAAGAGCAAAAUGUUGGUUUCUCUGAAAUGAAAAAUGGAUUCUGGUUUGCAGUGGCUAUGUGCAUGAGUCUUAAGAGAAUGAAUUAUCUUUGCAUGGACAACCCCCUGCAAAAGCAUUUUAUUCAAGGAAUAAAAUGUUUAAUCGUUUAAAUUUGAUGAAUAUAGCAGUAAAGAAAAGAGAUCAUGUUUCCAAAAAGAGCUAAACCACAUGUAAAAAACAAGGAGAAUGUGCCAGACUGUCUUAUGAUGAAGUAUUUAUAGUAAAGCUAUUAAUGGAAUGGUCACUACAAGAGAGAGGCGAUCCUAAAUAGAAAUGAAAAUUCUGAAGCUUACAUGUGUUAGUCCUUAACAGUGAAAACUUCAGUGCUGUCCUAGAGGAUAUAACAAAAGGUAAAAAGUCUUUGACAUGUGACCAAAUGUAUUCUAUGCUAAAACUGACAUUUUUCUUUUAAAACCAUUUAGAUAUUGCCUAAUAAGAUACAUUUGUUUUUACUAUUGCUGUAUCUCUGUUGUAAUUAUGAGAAUACAUUUGUUCCUAUAGCAUGUUUAUUUUUAAUGUUUAUUAAGCAAAAUAUUAUUUUCAGCAUAACACUCACUGUGUGUAGGAAAGAUAUCAUUUUGGAUGAGUGCUACAAUCACUGUGAAAAAGUCACUGCCAAGUCUAACAGAUCAAUCAGAGCGUUAUCAGAGUGGCACUAACUAAAGUCUUAUUUGAAAGGUGCUUUUUCCUAAAUAAGCUUUAAGUCAAUGGCUACUCAUGGACACUUCUAAUUUUUGUUGAAUCUGUGGCAGUCCAGAAAACUCUUUUAAGUUUAUAGAAAAUUUUUAAUGAAUAUUUUGUUUCCUAAACUGUGUAUAUUUUUCAUUUAUUAAUCCUAUCAAUUUUCUAGGUUUCUGAAUUUCAUUUGUAAUUUUAAGCAGUUGAUAGUCUUUUCACAACUGGAAAAAUAUUAAUACACUCUGACUUUAAACCUGUCCGCGUUUCACAUGGAUAAUUACACCAGCGACGAAGACAUAGACGAAGACUUUGACACCCAGUUCAUCAUUCAACAGAGUUUACAGGAUAUUUACAAGCCAGGAACAACACAACAUGCACCUGACGAUGAGAGCUUCCAUCCCUUUUUGAGCACUAAGUAUAAGAAGAUAGUUGAAGCAAUAAAGAAAGGUAAAGAAGAUGCAUUGUCACACUUAACCAAGUACCAUUCUGCUUUUGACGAAGCAGAUGAGAUAGGCUGGAUUCCUCUGCAUAAGGCUGCAGUGCAAUUAAAUAAGAAAAUUUUGGAAAUAACCCUAAGCGCUUCAAAACCCAGUCUGUGGGAGCAAACCACUCACAAUGGUGAAACGCCACUUUUUUUGGCUGUCAGCAAUUGCCUCUUGGAAAAUGCCACUUUUCUUCUUCUCAACGGCUGCAAUCCAAAUGCUAAGAAUUUUGAAGGCAACUCUCCUCUUCUCACAGCUGUGCUGCGUGACUCCUACGAUACAGCUGCCUUGCUGAUCAACUAUGGAGCAGAUGUCAAUCUGCGUUGUGCCAACGAGAGGACAGCUCUUCACGAAGCAGCCAAACUGGGCAGAGAGGACCUGGUGAAGCUUCUGCUGGUUUCUGGGGCACACCCUGACCCACGGAGCACGUAUGGAUUCACUCCUCUUGCUCUUGCUGCCCAAAGUGGACACACUGAAAUCAUGGAAAUGUUACUGCGGAAAGGAGCUAACGCUCAUGGUCAGGCCUCUGAUUGUUCUUCCAUCUUACUUGAAGCUGCAAGUGGAGGAAAUCCUGAUGCUGUGGCGCUCUUGCUGGAGUAUGGAACUGAUGCCAACAUCCCUAAGAAUUCAGGUCACCUGCCCAUCCAUGUGGCAGCUGACAGGGGCCACUUACUAGCUCUAAAGAUACUGAUUCCAGUUACGGAUCUUGCUGCCAUUAAGCAAAGUGGCAUCAGUCCAGUUCACUGCGCAGCAGCAGGAGCACACCCUCAGUGCCUGGAGCUCCUCAUCCAGGCUGGAUUUGAUGUGAACUUCAUGUUGGAUCAGAGAAUUCGCAAACACUAUGAUGACCACAGGAAGUCAGCUUUGUAUUUUGCUGUAUCAAACAGUGACCUCUCUUCAGUCAAGCUGCUUCUGGGUGCUGGAGCUCUGCCUAAUCAAGACCCGGUUAACUGCCUCCAGAUAGCCCUCAGGAUGGGCAACUACGAGCUGAUCAGUCUGCUGCUAAGGCAUGGGGCCAAUGUGAAUUACUUCUGCAGAGUUAACCCUUUACAUUUCCCAUCGGCACUGCAAUACACACUGAAAGAUGAAGUCAUGCUCAGGAUGCUGCUGAACUAUGGGUAUGACACAGAGCGAUGUUUUGAUUGCCCUCAUGGGGACAAAGUCCAUCCUUCCUAUACUUCUGAAGGCUGGACAUCUACAGUUAUCAAAGAUACUAAGUUCUGUGAAGUAAUAACUUUGUCAUGGCUGCAACAUCUCUCUGGAAAGGUUGUUCGAGUGAUGCUUGAUUAUGUUGAUCAAGUUCGGAUCUGUUCAAAGUUGAAAGCUGUGCUCCAAAAACAGGGGAUCUGGUCAGAAAUACAUUUUAUCUUAACAAACCCUCGCUCCCUGAAACACUUGUGUCGCCUAAAGAUCCGGAAGUGCAUGGGACGUUUACAUUUGCGCUGCCCUGUCUUCAUGUCAUUUCUUCCAUUACCUAAUCGUCUAAAAGCUUAUGUCCUUUAUGAAGAAUACGACCUUUAUGGACAAGGAAUUUUUACAGGAACCUGGUAA